UGAUUACCAGCUAUAAUCUUGUUUUGUGCUGUGGGGAUUCAGAAGUGAGCUAAACAGAAGUGUCUGCUUCCUCACAGACCCAACAUCCUAGCAGGUGCAGGGCAAAACAAAAAUCAUAAGUCACUUGUAGAGUCUGUCUGGAUCUCCGGAAAACAAUGCAGAGAAGAAAAAAGGGAGAAAGAGGUGUUCAGAAAGGGAGUGAUGGGAAGGAGGGCAUUGAUCUAGUGGCCAGUAGGCAACAGGCUCUUGUCAAAUGCUGCACACCAUUCACUUCAUUUAGCUCUUACUCCCACUCUCUUAUUUAGUUGUAUCCAUUUUUUGAUUAAGAAAAUAAGAACAGUGAAUAUGUCAGCUUGAUUGGGGUAAUCAUUUCACAAUCCAUACAUACAUUAAAACAUUACUCAUUCUGAAUUUGUGUUAAUUACAUCUCGAUAAGCUAAAAAAAAAAAAGAAAAAGAAACAAAGAGUGAGUGGUUAUAUAGCUCCUUAUCCUCACUCAAUAUUACUUGUACCUGUAAGCAUCACGAUUUAAAUUUAUAUCUGACUUUAACUCUAUGUGUUCUCUCAUUUAAAAAAAGACUUUCCAAAGAAUUGUGCCUAACCCAACUGAAGUGUAUAAAAGUUUUCUGUCCUUCUAAUAAGUUUAUAAAGAGGUACAAUGGAUUUGCAUAAUGCAAAGUGCACCCUUACAUAAGACACGUUUCUGUAAAAUAUGGUGAAUGUAUGAUCUUUAAAAAUGAAAACCCAACAUUAUUUGCUCUAAAAUGGGAACAGCAUUUAGUUGUCAUAUUGUUCCAAGUGUACAUUCUCCUCAGACUCCUUGGUUGUGUAUUCGAUUCAGCUGUGUGCUUUAUGAGUUCUGAAUGCUAAGCUACUCAGGAACUGUUGUCUAUGGGAUUGAACACUUAACAGUUGCCUCUGGGAAUGUGAAUUUGAUUCUUUGGCUUGCUCGAGAGAAUGUGUGACAUUUUCCUCUCUAGAGACAGUCUGAAGAUUUGGACGGCACUAGGCUGCUGAUUAAAUAAUGAUCCAAGUAGCUUACAAGUGAUUCAAAGUACUGAUUCUUUCUGAGACUCAUCAGUUUAUUUUUUAUAAAAGCCAUAACUUGCUGUUUGCUCGUGAAUAAGAAACAGCUCACCCAGAAAACACCUCAAUCAUAGUUGGAAGUUUGAGAAAAAAAAAAAACAGAAGAAAAAACAGGUGCUUAACCUUGAUUUGUCUCCUGUACAAGAGAAAUGGGCUGCGAUCGGAACUGUGGCCUCAUCGCUGGGGCUGUCAUUGGUGCAGUCUUGGCUGUGUUUGGAGGUAUUCUAAUGCCAGUUGGAGAUAUGCUUAUUGAAAAGACAAUUAAAAAGGAAGUUGUCCUUGAAGAAGGUACAAUUGCUUUUAAAAACUGGGUUAAAACAGGCACAGAAGUUUACAGGCAGUUUUGGAUCUUUGAUGUGCAAAACCCACAGGAAGUGGUAGAGAACAGCAGCAAUAUUAAGGUUAAACAAAGAGGUCCUUACACAUACAGAGUUCGUUAUCUAGCCAAGGAGAAUAUAACUCAGGACCCUGAGGACCACACAGUCUCUUUUGUGCAGCCCAAUUCUGCCAUCUUUGAACCUUCACUAUCAGUUGGAACCGAGAAUGACACAUUCACAGUUCUCAACCUGGCUGUAGCAGCUGCACCCCAUAUCUAUCAAAAUGCAUUUGUUCAAGUGGUGCUCAAUUCACUUAUCAAAAAAUCAAAAUCUUCUAUGUUCCAAACCAGAACUCUGACAGAACUAUUAUGGGGUUAUAAGGAUCCAUUCCUGAGUUUGGUUCCGUACCCUAUUUCUACCACAGUUGGUGUGUUUUAUCCUUACAACAAUACUGUAGAUGGAGUUUAUAAGGUUUUCAAUGGAAAGGAUGACAUAAAUAAAGUUGCUAUAAUUGAAAGUUAUAAAGGGAAAAGGAAUCUCACCUAUUGGCCAAGUUAUUGUGACAUGAUUAAUGGCACAGAUGCAGCCUCUUUUCCACCUUUUGUUGACAAGUCUCGAGUACUUCGGUUCUUUUCCUCUGACAUUUGCAGGUCAAUCUAUGCAGUGUUUGGGUCUGAAAUUGACCUGAAAGGAAUUCCUGUGUAUAGAUUUGUUCUUCCAGCCAAGGCCUUUGCAUCUCCAUUCCAAAAUCCAGACAAUCAUUGUUUCUGCACAGAAACUGUUAUCUCAAAUAACUGUACAUCAUACGGUGUGCUAGACAUCGGCAAAUGCAAAGAGGGAAAACCUGUGUAUAUUUCACUCCCUCACUUUCUACAUGCAAGUCCUGAUAUUUCAGAACCUAUUGAAGGCUUAAAUCCAAAUGAAGAAGAACACAGGACAUACUUGGAUAUUGAACCUAUAACUGGAUUCACGUUACGAUUUGCAAAACGACUGCAGGUCAACAUAUUGGUCAAGCCAGCAAGAAAAAUUGAAGCAUUAAAGGGGCUGAAGAGGCAUUACAUUGUGCCUAUACUUUGGCUUAAUGAGACUGGAACCAUUGGUGAUGAGAAGGCAGAAAUGUUCAGAAAGCAAGUGACUGGAAAAAUAAAACUCCUUGGCCUGGUAGAAAUGGUCUUACUUGGUGUAGGAGUGGUAAUGUUUGUUGCUUUUAUGAUUUCAUACUGUGCAUGCAGAUCAAAGAAAGUAAAGUAGUAAAUGGAUCUACAUUUAUGCCUCAGCUACAUCAAGACUUUUGGGAAUACAAAUCUACAAAAUGGAGAUUUAAUAUGCUUUAUUUUUUACCAAACACACCUUACCUUUUAGUUGAAGAAAUGGUGGCACACUAUAUAUUUUUCACUAAGCCACAGCACAGUUCAAAAGGAUUAAAGAUGUCAUUAAAAUCUGUAUUUUAAAUAAAACAUAGCACCUUAAAAAAUUGAAUUGAUUUAGUUUCUACAGACCUGUCUCUAGCAUGGUCUGUAGAAACUAGAUCAGUUCAACAUGCUUCUGAUUCACUGUUUGGUUUCCUGGUGGCAAAUUCAGUGGAAGAGUGGACAGUCUAAACCAAUUCUGUCUUCCUCAUCAAAAGGAAAACACUAUCAUGCUUGAAAUUUCUCUAUUAAGUUGCAGUGUCAGACCUCAGGACUGCAUCAGCACAAAAUAUUUUGAAAGACAUUUAAGAAUGAAAAAUAAUAGAUUGGCUUAUAAGCUAUUCAUCAUGCAUUACAUAAGUUUCUUUCUCUCUGGAAUCCUUUGUACAGCAGCAGAAGAUGCAAUAACCAUUUUUUAUUUUUACUUUCUAUCAAUGGGCUUACAUUUUUUGUCACUGAUCAUGCAAAUGGACAUCAUUUUUAGCACACUUUAGUUCUCUGUAUUUUAAAGAUUUUGUUAUUUUACAUACUGUGUAUCUCUUCAUCUUUUCUGGAAAUCUGAGUAGAUAGACUGUGUUCUUUCUACUUGGUUGCAACUUAUGCUCGGCAAUCUCAGAAUGCUGUUCUAGUAUUAAGAGAUGUAAAUGCUAAAAAGAUUUAUUAUGUGGACUAUUACAAAGAGUAGAAUGUGUAUUAAAAGCUAUAUGUUGUAACAGUUUUUGCUUUCAUAUUCAUCUCAGAAGGACUGGCUUCAACCAUUAAAAGAUGUUCUUUAAAUUUCAACACUUUAUCUAAUUCCUGUUGUUACAAAAUGUUUACCCUAAUUUUCUAUGAGGUAUUUUUUUCUGAAGUUGUAUGUCUUUCUGAAUUCAAUUUUAAUGACUUGCUUAUUUCCAGGCUACUUUUAAGCCAUUUUGGGAGAAGAACAAAACGAAACAAAAGCCAGCCAUUCAUUUGGUUUUAUCCAAUUGUGGAUAAAAAAUAUUCAAGAAAAAUUUGAAUCUCUACUGAAAAUGUAAAUGGUUUUUAUUAUUUACUAAAUAAUGCAAUAUGACAACUAUUUACAUAUUGUUUACAUUAAGUAUUGCAGGUAGUCUAGAAAUAUGUUAAAGUAUAUAGGAGGGUGUACAUA